UGUGCUGAGCAACGCGGACAAAGCGGCGGGAGCUGCGGGGUACGGCGAUGGCCACGACCGCGCAGGAGGACUACGCCUACCUGUAUAAGGACUCCGCGCAUCCCGCCGGCUUCCUGGAGGCGUUCCGGGCGUUCUACCUGGACGGGCUAUUCACCGACAUCACCCUGCAGUGCGCUUCGGGGGUCAUCUUCCACUGCCACAGAGCCGCCCUGGCAGCCUGCAGCAGUUAUUUCAAAGCCAUGUUCACAGCCGAUAUGAAAGAGAAGUCCAAAAACCAGAUCAGCCUUCCCGGGCUCAGCCAUGGGGUACUGGAAGCCCUUGUGAAUUAUGCAUACACAUCACAGAUCCAGAUAACAAAGAGAAAUGUCCAAAGCCUACUCCAAGCUGCAGACCUGCUCCAGUUUGUGUCCGUAAAGAAAGCCUGUGAGCAGUUUCUGGUGAGGCAUUUAGAUACUGACAACUGCAUAGGUAUGCACUCCUUUGCCGAAUAUCAUGAUUGCUCAGAACUAGAGAAGGAGUCCAGGAGGAUAUUGUUAUGGCAGUUUGAAGAAGUGUGGAAGCAGGAAGAGUUUCUGGACAUUGGCAAGGAGAAGCUCUCUUAUAUUCUUUCCAGAGAGAAUCUCAAUGUUCGGAAAGAAGAGGCUGCCAUUGAAGCUGUCGUUAACUGGGUUGCUCACAAUGUGGAAGAAAGAAUUGAAGACGUCUAUGAACUGCUGAACUGCAUCAAAGCAGACUUAGAUAACAUGUAUUUGAGGUCAGCUUUAAGUCUACAAAAAAAAUGCCGACUCAAUGGCCGUAAGAUAAGGUCACUCAUAUACAAGGCCCUCAGCCUCAAGCCCAAAAGUCUUUCCAGAAGACCUACAGCAGUCAUGUACGUGAUUGGAGGAUAUUAUUGGCACCCCUUAUCAGAAGUGCAUGUUUGGGAUCCUUUAACCAACGCAUGGGUCCAGGGAACAGAGAUGCCAGAUCACACCAGAGAGAGCUAUGGGGUCACUAGCUUGGGAGCAGACAUAUACGUGACAGGAGGUUACAGAACAGAGAGCAUUGAAGCCCUUGACACCGUGUGGAUAUAUAACAGUGAGAGGGAUGAGUGGACAGAAGGCUGCCCCAUGCUCGAUGCAAGGUAUUACCACUGUGCAGUUUCCUUGAGUGGCUGUGUCUACGCGUUGGGGGGAUAUCGAAAGGGAGCUCCUGUGCAAGAAGCUGAGUUCUAUGAUCCUUUAAUACAGAAAUGGCUUCCCAUUGCAAACAUGAUCAAAGGGGUUGGAAAUGCCACUGCCUGUGUCCUGCACGAAGUCAUCUACGUAACUGGAGGUCACUAUGGGUACAGGGGAAGCUGUACCUACGAUAAAAUCCAGAGAUACCAUUCAGGUAGCAAUGAGUGGAGUAUAGUCACCACAAGUCCACAUCCAGAGUAUGGAUUGUGUUCAAUUACAUUACAAAACAAGAUCUAUUUUGUGGGUGGACAGACCACGAUCACGGACUGCUAUGACCCAGAGCAAAACGAGUGGAAGCAGAUGGCUCACAUGAUGGAGAGAAGGAUGGAGUGUGGCACAGUGGUCAUGAACGGAUGCAUCUACGUAACAGGAGGAUAUUCCUAUUCGAAAGGAACGUAUCUGCAGAGUAUUGAGAAAUAUGACCCUGAACUGAAUACAUGGGAAGCAGUAGGAAAUCUUCCCAGCGCUAUGCGGUCACAUGGCUGUGUCUGUGUGUAUAAUGUGUAAACAUUUAAUUAUCUUCUUGCUGUUACAGCAAACAGCAGAUGCAGCAUUCAUAAAGUACUGAUUACCUCAUGACUGAGUUGUCCAAUACAAUCUCUUAGCACACAUUGUUGAAAACCAGGUAUAAUUUUUCUCAUUUUAAACAACUCAGAAAUAUAGACGUGGUAACAAGAUUUCCAUAUAUUUUUCAGUCCAAUCAUUUUUUUUCAUUAAAGUUCUCAAAUGACUCUCUUACAAUACUUUAUGCAGCUACAUAGAAACUACUGUGAAAAUCAGAUUUGUUUUUGUUAAUCACUGUGGGAAACUAUGAUCUGGUGCUAAGAUGACUAAAGCCAAACCAAAUACUUUACAUUUCUAAGGGCUAUUGGGCUUCAGAGGAAAUCUUUGCAUUCUUAAGGUAGCUACAGAAAUGGAUCGUUGCCCCAAGAUAAGUGUAUGGUACAUACAGAGCAAUAUCAUUUGGAUAACUAGGUUAUCACAUUCAGAAAUGGGCUUUUAUAGGAUGCCUCCAAUUCUACCUUCCAGUGCCAGAGCAAAGAAGAGCUGGGACUAGGAAUGAGGGAAGAAAUGUCAGGCAGUACCCUGGGAGCAUAAGCCAAAAGUACUGCAGUGCUCUGCAGUACAAGGGCAUUUGAGAAAAGUAGCCUCUUUGCCAUUCUUACACUCACUUUGACAUUGCCCAUGAGAAAUGAAAAAUGACUCUGCAAGGCUUUGCAAUGGGCUCUUUGGCUGAUGCACAGAUAGUCAUGGGUUUUUUUUUUUGGUUGGUUGGUUGGUUGGUUUUUUUCCUGAAAAAAGCCUUAAUAUGGUAACUCGUUUUUAAUAUCCAAUUCAAGAUAGGUGUCUGUGUGGAAUGGAAGGAUGAAAUGAGAGAGACUGGAAAGUUGUUCACAUCCCCUUGCAAUACAAAGUUCUCUAUUUUGUUUAAUACCAUUUGAUCUUUGCUAAAAGUGCCAAAUUGUGACUUGAGCAAAGGUGACAACUGAAGAAACUUGUCAAAAUAUGUUAUGCAUGGAGAGAUUGAAUGCUAAGUGGUCUACAGGAUUAGUUUAUUUAUUAUUUCUCUCAAAAUGUAAUACGAGAUCUUCAAAUUCUGUGUAGAAAGGAGAUUUUUGUAAAGUGCUUUAUAGACAAAUGGAUCAAAUUCUGAGUGGCCCUGAUAGCAGUGAUUCAAAUAAAAAAAUGCCUUGGGGAGCAGAGACUUGUUUAGCACUGAUCAGUUCUCCAAUCCAGCUUAUAAAAUGGCUGCAAAAAGAGCUGUUAGACAUUGGUGAGAGAGGCAGGACAACACAGGGAUGCUGAAAGGUGUAGUGGGAACUUCCCACACCAGCACUGUCACCUAAAAUGGAAUUUUGGUUUUAUUGGAUUUAUCAGAUACAAUGAAAGGAGCUUUCCAAGCAGGUAAGCCCUGAGUUUAUAGUAUUUCCUUUUCUUGAUCAUAAGCAUUUUCGACAUUUUUUUGUUGUUCUUUCCCAUUUUUAUGCUACUUCUGACUUGCAUUUGAAUGCUGGUAGCAGGCAGCACUCAACUCUGAGCUUUGAUGUGAAGUUCUGUGUGUAUAUAUAGUUCUUGUUUUGACGUCUUUGUAUGUCACCUGACUGUGUCAGAAGCUCAUGUGUGUGUGGGUUCAGUGUUUUGAUUCAUUACACAUCCCACUGGGAGCUAUUUAAGGAUCCAAUGUAAUUUGUGUAAAGACUCUAAACUGUAAAGAGGUGUGAGGAAUUGAACUCUAAUGCUAUUUGAAAUGUGUUAGCCAGGCAGGUGGGCAAAAGAAAUAACAUGAAUUUGUUUCUCCUGGAAAUCUCCACAGCUGAGAAAUUGUUCAAAGAGGUGGAGCAGUAAAGGACAUCGCAAAAGCAUGAAGGUGAUCUUUGUAUUGAACGAGACCACAGUGAACUCAAUGUGUGUAUGCAAUUUUUCAGUGCAAAUUAUGUACCUGUGAAGCUUCAUGUUUGUUGAAAAAGGGGAGCAUAGAAAGCUGCUUAUGGCUGGCCCUGAGGGUCACUUUGGCCUAUAUCCUGUCACCCACAGGCAUGGGUCGAGGAAAUGAUCUAAGAACAAGGUGAGGACUAACAAAACAAAAUCCCUCAGUGUCCACUUGGCCACUGCUUCUAAACUAAGUGCUUAGUGUUUGUGAAAGACAGUGCUGUUCCAGGGCAGGAGCACAGGCAUUGGAAGCUGGAUCUGCUUUGCCCCCUGGGCACCCUGCAGGGGAGCAAUUUGCUGCUUUUUGGCCUCAGUGCUAAGUGGGAAAAAACCUUUAGUUGUCCCAUGCCAGGAGAGCGUGUGCUGGUCUGGCACCAACAAAAAUCAAUGAGAUUACUGCCUAGGAUGUCUGGUAAAUCCUAAUAUUUCAGAGGUUUUGACUGCAUUAGAAUAAAUGGAGAUCAGAAAUUCAGACUCGUGGUUAAAUUUCAAGUGGUGCUAUUUUUCACAAUAACCUACAGUGCUCUUUUGAAUUAGCUUAUGUCUGUAGAAUAUCCAAAUGUGUGCUGCCAGCAGGUCUUGGCUACAGCCAGGAAUAUGAAAUCAGCAAGAGAAAAAGGGAUUCUGCCUUCUGGUCAGCGACCUGCAGGAGGUGCGAGGCUCAGAACGGAUCUUUUAGCCAUCUGUGUGGUACGUUUUUAAUAAUAGUUGAAUGUAAACACUGGAUUAUUGUCCUAUCAGACCUGUAUUACGGUAGACAGUUUUAUUGUUUUACUUGUAAACUAGAAAAUUAACUAACACAGAAAUCAAAUAACUUCUAAAGCCAAUACUGUUUUUUAAAAUUUUGACUUGUGCAGUCCCCGUGUUUGUAGCGCCAUAGAUGUCCACAAUAUAUCUUCAGUACUUCAGUGAAUGUUUGCAGUAUUUAAUAAAUGUAAAAAUACCACUGGACAAAUACAAGCUUUUAAGUUACUUUUUCCCUUCAGUGCGCAGAACUAGGACCCUGGC